GACAAGUGUGACCACACCCAUGAAGUGAUGCAAGUCUGCCUCCUGCAUGCAUCCAUGUGUGUCUACCAGUUCUUUAUGUGGGGGAAUGCACGCACCAUCACAGUGGUGUAUAAUCCUAUUCCUUUCAAGAUGGCUGCUGAAUGAAUGCCAUGGAGUGUGUGUGUUUCUAUACAUUGACACGUUCAGCACAAACAGUGCUGUGCGUGCAUCAUCUAAGCAAAAAGGCAACAAUUUCUCCAAGGGGCUUCUCGCCUUAUACUCUUUGGCAUGAGCCUCCAACGCGCAGCACUGUUGUUUGUUCUCUCUCCCUAAAUGACCUAUAUCUAAUUGACAUGGACAACACAACAUGUCCCCCUAUGGAUUUCAUUCCUUUUUGAGUGUUUGAAUGUUUAACAUGGAAGUCGUGAUGUUGCUGCAUCCACAGUAUCUCACAAAAGUGAGUUCAUUUCUCAAGGGACAAUACUGUAGAAGUACUUUAGUCAGUGUACAGCUUGUGCAGCAGUAUAGAUUUAUUAUGCACUUAGAAUGAGUCAACACACAGCCAUUAUUGUCUAAACAGGCAACAGUGAGUGUGUGAGUAGCAAGAUCAUUGUGUCUUGCCUGCAGCCAAGCAUGGUGGCAGUAGCAUGCAUGAGUGCUGCUGGCACUGGGGAGCUACGGUCCACGGAAGGAAAUAUGAAUUCCAGCAUGUACUGUAACCUUGUGAAGUUGUUUUUUCAGUAUGAUAAGGGGCACAAACACACCUCCAAGAUGACAAGCAACAACCUGUGCAGCUUUGGUCAAUUCCAUGUCCAAGAGGAUUAAGGCAGUGUCAGGUAGCUUUGAACACUCGCCUCAGGCCAACGUCAGCCACGAGACAGACAACAUCACGGCUGGGCUCCUCCUCCAACUCCACCAACGAUGUAUGCUCGACCACUCCUCUUCAAAGCUUGACUGGUUGCUACCUGGAAGCUUCCCCUUUGAUGCUGAUAAAGCAAGAACACGCACAUAUAAUUAAAGGAAAGAACAUUCCCGCUUGGAAUGGAGUGUUCCGGAGUGUCGCCACGGAGCAGAUAGCACCGACAGAAACAAGCCAAAGAAGCUGGAAUCCAACAAGACAGCUGUGUGUCUGCCAUGUACAAAGACUACAGAGCCAGCAGAGUCACAGGACUCAAUGCUCUGCCCUUUGAUCCGUCCACCAACAACGACCCCCUCCACUUCAACAACACCAGCGGGUCGCUGGUGACGGAGUGUCCUCCAUUAGAAAACUCGCCUGAAAAUAGCAAGAAAAGGAAGCGAGCCAGCCUGCCUCCAGAGGGGAUCCAUAACAUGCCCAUGGAGUCCAACUCCAUAUCCAUGCCUAUGUCGGACCCCAACGCCUGGGCCACGGCCAUGAACAACCUGGGCAUGCCUCCAAUGGGUAUCGCGGGCCAGCCGCUCAUGCCAGACUUCGACCCCAACCUGGGAAUGAUGGCCGGGAUCACACCCAUCAACCCCAUGAUGCCUGGCCUCAGCAUGGUACCCGCACCCCUGUCGCACGACGUCCCGGUUGUCAAGGAGAUCAUCCACUGCAAGAGCUGCACCCUCUUCCCGCCCAACCCCAACCUGCCACCUCCGGCCACAAGAGAGCGCCCGCCGGGCUGCAAGACGGUGUUUGUCGGCGGCCUGCCGGAGAACGCCACCGAGCAGCUCAUCAUGGAGGUGUUCGGACAGUGCGGCGACAUCACCGCCAUCCGCAAGAGCAAGAAGAACUUCUGCCAUAUUCGCUUUGCCGAAGAGUUCACGGUGGACAAAGCUCUCUUCCUCUCUGGUUAUCGCAUCCGCCUGGGCUCCAGCACAGACAAGAAAGACACGGGCCGUCUCCAUGUAGACUUCGCCCAGGCCAGGGAUGACCUGUACGAGUGGGAGUGUCACCAGCGUAUGUUGGCCAGGGAGGAGCGGCACCGGCGCAAGAUGGAGGAAGAUCGUCUGCGGCCGCCUUCACCUCCACCCAUUGUGCACUUCUCAGAGCAUGAGUGCAGCCAGCUGGGGGACAAGAUCAAAGACGACAGCAAGUUCGCAGAGGCGGUCCGGGUGCUGCUCACGUGGCUGGAGCGCGGCGAGGUCAACCGGCGGAACGCCAACAGCUUCUACUCCAUGAUCCAGUCGUCCAACAGCCACAUCCGCCGGCUGAUGACGGAGAAGAGUCAGCACGAGAAGGAGAUGGAGGAGGCCAAGGACAAGUUCAAGACAGCGCUGUCUGGCAUCCUGGCUCAGUUUGAGCAGAUUGUGUCUGUAUUCCAAGCCGCUUCCAAACAAAAGGCAUGGGACCAUUUCUCCAAAGCGCAGCGCAAGAACCUGGACGUGUGGCGCAAGCAAGCAGAGGAGAUUAGGAACAUGCACAACGAGCAACUGAUGGGCAUCCGGCGCGAGGAGGAGAUGGAAAUGUCCGACGAUGACAUGGAGGAGGCCCCGGAUAGCAAAGACUCUGAAGACUCGGGUGUGUUGCAAGCGGAGGCCCUAAAGGAGGAGAACGACUCGCUGCGUUGUCAACUGGACGCCUACAGAAACGAGGUGGAGCUGCUGAAGCAGGAGCAGGGCAAGAACCAGCCGAUGAGGAGUGAGGAGGACAGCACGCACAGUCAGCAGCUCAGCUUCCUGCAACAAGCUCUGCAAGGCAUGCAGAAGCAACUACUGAAGAUGAGGGAGGAAUUAAAACAGCGGGAGGCCGAGCUGGACAAGAGUCUGGAGGACAAGCAGCAACUCAAGCAUCAAGUCCAGAACCUCAAGGAAGGACUGCAAAACUUGCAGAAGACCCAGCUGGAGCGAUCCAAGCAAGACGACAGAGUCGGUGGCGAGGAGGCUGCUAAUCAAACCAGUGAACUAGUGUCCUGCAGUCAGGAGAGGGAAGGCCCAACUCAGAGGAAGCAGACAAGUCCGGUCCACUCAGAGAGGGAAGCUCUACUCGUCGGGAUCAUCUCCACGUUCCUGCACGUGCACCCCUUUGGAGCCAGCAUUGAGUACAUCUGCUCCUACCUGCAGCGCCUGGACACCAAGAUCAACCCAGCCGAGGUGGAGGCUCUACUCUCUCGGCUGCCCUGCACCUUCAGGCAAGAGCUGACAGGCGUGGGCGCCAGUCUGGAGAAACGUUGGAACUUCUGCGGUUUCCAGGGCAUCAAGAGCACGUGAAAGCGCGCAUGUGGAGGGAGCCGGACAGCCAAGCGUCCGGCAACCCUCGACUCCCCCUCCACGCCUGACACGCAACACUGAGAGCGCAAUCACCUCCAUGGUUUCAGGAAUGUUUUUACUUGACGCCACGACUCCCCCGGGAGUCGCAGCAGGAAUCACUGGAUUCAUAUGUACAAGUGCGGCCCAGGCGGUCCCAGCUUAUUCUGAGCCUUUUGCUGGGUGUGACUGACAGAGACUACACAGGGCUACAACCUGCAGGGUCAUCAGGGUCGGGCAGAACCUCUGAAACCCUGCAGCCUCCAUCCCGUCUUUCUUUUUGCCCUUCCUGGUUUGUAAGAUAGGUUAUUAUUAAAAAACACAAGAAAUCAUAUAUUUCUUCAUCUUCUGUAAAGGCUGUGAAGAGUUGCAUAGAAUUGUUAUACGCUGUACAUGCUUGGAUUGUAUUUUUGAUUAUAA